AUCAGGCCACUGAUGAUCAGUGUGCCCUGAUGAUCAGUGUGGCCCCAGACGUGCCACCUGUCAGUGCCACAUCAAUGCCAUAUAUCAGUGCAUACCAGUGCACAUCAAUGCCACAUAUCAGUGCCCAUCUGAGCUGCCUUUCAAUGUCACUCAUCAGUGCCAGUCAGUGCCACCUAUCAAUGCCAAUCAGUGCCACCUAUCAGUGCCAGUCAGUGUCGCCUAUCAGUGCCAGUCAGUGCCGCCUAUCAGUGCCAUGCCAGUCAGUGCUGCCUAACAGUGCCAGUCAGUGCCGCCUAUCAGUGCCAGUCAGUGCUGCCUAACAGUGCCAGUCAGUGCCGCCUAUCAGUGCCAGUUAGUG